AUGAACACUUGUGAGGUUUCUCUCCAGUGUGAAUUCUUUGGUGCAGUUUUAAACAGCUCGCCGUAGUAAAAGUCUUCUCACACUCAAAGCACAUAUAGUCUUUCACAUCAGCAUGCAUUUUCUCAUGUUUACAUAAACUUUGCAGCAGUGAAAAACUUGUUCCAGCGUGUAAUCCAAAGAAUGAGCGUUGUGGUGACAUGUCUGCCUUUCUCCUCCUCAUUAGCAUUAAAGCUACAGACACAGAAAUAGCACGUCCUAAGGAAAGCUCAUUGUGGGACCAAGGCUGAAUUUCGGGAAAGAGACUUCAGAUACAGAACUAGGGACCACUUAGGCCUAUAUAAAAGCAUCCAAAAAGCAGCAUGUCAUGGGACCUUUAAACACUCAUCUAAAUAGUUGUAAACGGUUACUUGCAUUGGUUUUGUUGCUGAACAAGAGUCCUGAUGCAGUAGACAAGGGGUUCUAGAUGAGUUCUUUAGGAGUGAGAUGGAGAUUUUCCUCUGGUUCUUCUGAAGAUAGGAAAGUCCACAGCGAGUCCACAAACUUACUUGAAGGUAAAACUGCCAGAAGGUUAAACUCCAGAGGAGAGUUUUGCAGAGUCUCGGAGCAUGUCCGUCCCAAGAAGAAGAGUUUUGAGCCACGAUUAGUCUGAGUUCGGAACUUUUGAUAGUUCAUAGUUAACCUUUUGGGUGGAGUGGCCAAUCAGAGGCGUGAAUUUUUAGUGGGAGAAACUUUCUAUUUGUCUCCAUUUAUGGCGCAUUUGCAUUUUUAUUGCUGGUCUGGAGAGUUGGUGAAGUUUUAUUUCAAAGCAUAGUAAAAAUUGUAUAAUGCAUUUCAUGAUAACAUAGUGUACAUCAUUGUUCGAGGAAUAAAAAGAAGAUAAUUUUGAUACCAAGAAAGAAACCUCUAUAUAUUAAAGAUAUUAAAGCAGAGAUACACUCAUGCCCUUGAAUAUAGGCGUUUAGAGUCUAACUAAUACAAGUAAAGGGUUGUAACUAGGUUAAUAUAAUAGGGGAACAGACGAGCGGAUCCAUUUGCAGGGUUUUAUUUAAAGACAUGGUCAUAAAUACAAGCAGGGUCGAACAAUGGCAAACAGGUACAACACAGGCAAGACAAAGAAUAAUCCGAGGGUAAGCGUGGGUCUUCAAUCGGUGAACAGUAUCCAACAGGGCAAGGCAAAGGGUUAAUCCAGGAAACACAGCAAUAAUCCAGGCAGGGGAAAACACAAUCCGAAACAGGCAAGGCAAGACUAAGACUAAGACAGUCUCCGUAAGGUAACUAUCAGCUAUGGUAGCGAUAUGUGCAUACAAUACUCGGCGACUGAACGAGAAAGUCCAGAAUUAUAAAGCAUGUCUGAUUGGAUACAGCUGUGUGCAUAUGAUCAGGUGAGCGUGUGAUUAGUGAGAUGGCUGAUGGGAAAUGUAGUCCAAGGUAAUGUGAAACAGUCUGUGUGGUGUGAGAGUCAAUAUGAUGAAAGGGUGACCUCUGGUGGCAAUCAGACGGAUGGGCACGGACCGGAUUCGUGACAAACAUACAUACAACUCAUGCAUAUAGCAGAUACAUUUGUGACCCUGGACCACAAAACCAGUCUUAAGUGUCAACUUUUUGAAAUGGAGAUUUAUACAUCAUAUACUGAAUAAAUAAGCUUUCCAUUGAUGUAUGGUUUGUUAGGAUCGGACAAUAUUUGGCCGAGAUACAACUAUUUGAAAAUCUGGAAUCUGAGAGUGCAAAAAAAAUCUAAAUAUUGAGAAAAUCACCUUUAAAGUUGUCCAAAUUAAGUUCUUAGCAAUGCAUAUUACUAAUCAAGAAUUAAGUUUUGAUAUAUUUACGGUAAGAAAUUUACAAAAUAUCUUCAUGGAACAUGAUCUUUACUUAAAUCCUAAUGAUUUUUGGCAUAAAAUAAAAAUGGAUAAUUUUGACCCAUACAAUGUAUUUUUGGCUAUUGUUACAAAUAUACCCAAGCGACUUAAGACUGGUUUUGUGCUCCAGGGUCACAUUUAUAACUGCUUAAUUAUGGCCUAAAUAAAGAAAAUGUCUUUAUGUGUGUGUGUGAUGUGUAUUUAAAAUUGUGGAGACAGACCACUGGUCUAGUCAGGCCGUUGGUGCCUUCCAUGGGGGUCAUUUACUCCACCUUGUUCUGCCUGUCUGUUACUGUUUAUCUGCGUGUUGCUACUGUCUGUUUCUUAUGUAAUGGAAGCCAGCUAGUAGGUGCUGUGCAAGAAAACCUCACUCCCCUGAUCUCAAGAGACACACAAGCAACUGAUGCUAAUGGCUGUGCCAUUCAGGAGAUUGUGGGUUCGAGACCUGCUCGGAGCAAGGCGAGCAGGGACCCAUUACAAUGGUGCCAGUGACCCGGAUGGGAGUGAGGUUUAGGGGGGUGAGUGUAAAGUAGGCCAGCGAGUAGAUGCAGUGCAGGUAAACCUCACUCCCCUGAUCUCAAAGAGAUGCACUAGCUAAUGAAGCUAGUGGCUGCAGCCAGUUAACCUCCUGGCUUGCGCAUCCGCCUCCCAUGCAGGAGAUCGAGGGUUCGAGCGUGACCCGUUACACUUACUGUAACUGUAAUUUCUCAGUCUGCUGCAUACAUCGGAUAUAACACAUGUGUGUUUCACCCAGAGCGUCUCUUGUGUUUCUUGAAAAACUGGUUUCACUUGUUUUAUUAGAAAAUGAGUUUCGGAGUUUUUCCUUCAGAUACCAGUUCAGAGGUGGAACGAGAAGCCUACAGACGUCCUCAUUUUUCAUGUGAAGGGUGAUGGCGUCUGUUUCAGACCAGCUUCUGGCCGCUCUGGAUGAUCUAGUCACAGAAAAACUGAAGAGGUUUAAAGUAAAUUUAAGGAAUCAUUACAGCGUUUCAGCCGAUCUGGAGAAGGCAGAGGCUCCUGAUACAGUGGAUCUGAUGAUUAAGCGUUUUGGACCAGAAGAAGCUGUGAAGAUCACGGUAGACACCCUGAGGAAGAUGAACCAGAACCAUCUGGCUGAAGAGUUAGAGAACAAACACAAGCAAGCUCAGCCUGAAUCAGAACCGAUCAAUGAAAUGAUCUCAUACAAAGACACAUUCACCAACAUUGUUCCCAGGACCAGGAACGAAUUCCUAAAAUAUUCCCAUCAGUUCACUCUGGAUCUGAACACAGCACAUAAACGCCUCCGUCUGUCUGAGAGCAACAGAGUGAUUACUAACACUGGCACAUAUCAGCCGUAUCCUGAUCAUCCAGACAGAUUUGAUGUGUGUCGUCAAGUGUUGUGUAGAGAGAGUGUGUGUGGACGCUGUUACUGGGAGAUCGAGUGGAGUGGAUUUGAGGUGUUUGGUGGUGUGGAGAUAUCAGUGUCAUAUAAGAGCAUCAGCAGGAAGGGACGGGGUGAUGAGUGUGUGUUUGGAUAUAAUGAUCAGUCCUGGAGUUUAAUCUGCUCUCGCUCCAGAUACUCUUUCUGGCACAAUAAGAUAUGGACUGAUCUCCCUGUAAAAACCAUCAUCAUUAGAACAGGAGUGUAUGAUUAUAUCAGUAGAGUAGGAGUGUUUGUGGAUCACAGAGCAGGAACUCUGUCCUUCUACAGCGUCUACAGAAACACAAUGAGCCUCAUCCACACAGUCCACACCACAUUCACUCAGCCGCUCUAUCCUGGGUUUAAUGUUUAUUACCAAUCAUCAGUGAAACUGUGUUGAUUAAUUAGAAUUGAUUGACCAGAGAUUCUACCCAUAAUGCUUCGAGCUGCAUGAUGAAUCAGUAACAGUGAGAUGUUAUGAGUCUCUUCAUGACAGUAAUACUGCAGCUGGACUUCUGUCGCUGAAAUAAUAUGAAUCAGAAUAAUUGUGUGUAAUAAAUCCUCAUAUAGAUAGUAAAACCAGUGUGUGUGUGUGUGUGUGUGAGUCCUGCUGAGUGACAUGGGACAUUCUACCAGAAACGUACAUUUCCACUUUUUUUCUUAUUAUUAAAUCUGAAUGUUGAGUCAUAUGGAGGACAUGUUAAACUAUGAGAAACACAUAUCGUGCCAUCUCAGCAUGUUUUUAUGAUUGAAUAAAAUACAUUUUUAAACGCAUUUCACCCAUAAAAUGUCAGGCCCCGUCACAGACAAAUUUGUAUAUGUUGGAAUGGUUACCUAAUAAAUUUCUUUGAUACAAACAGCAUUUUCUUAUUCUUAUGUCCCUGAUUGUAUUUAACAUGGUUUUGUAAUUCCUAUAAGAAAUAUAAGCAACUUUUCCGUCAACUGUAGUACACAAAAAUCACAGAAUACCUGCCAGGCACUCAUAUAGUUGUAAAAAAACUGCCUUUACAUAGGAGAUUUUUACAAAAACAUAGCAGUGGAUAUAUACCCCCAUCUUCAUCUAA